GAGAAAAACAAAGUGCUGGCAAAAAAGAGGUUACGGGUUCCCACUCAGAAAAUGAAGGACCUGAGCUCCCCUCCCCUAAAUGAGAAAUCUGGGUGUGUUGCAUUUGUCAGAUGGGAGGAUGGUUAUACUGGCAAAAUCUUUAAAGGAUCUGACAUUUUGGCAAGAGAUGAGGCUCCUGUGCAGCUGCAAGAUCUUAGAUCAGGAGACCCUGUUUUAGCAAAGUGGUCAGAUGGUAAAUUUUAUAAGGCCACUAUUGAAUAUGUUUCAGGGGAAGAUCAGGCUAAGCUGCCAAAAGGCCACCCAACUCCACAGGAGUCCUUUUUAAAUAUGUUAAAAGGCGAUGAGCCAUCAGACAUAACGUCAGGGUCUGACACCAUUAUAAUAGAUAGGAGCCCACUGUCUGAGCAUGGCGAGAAAAUCCCAUCGCUGAAUCCAUCACCUGACGGGGGACAUGCAACAGGCCGCAACACAGCUGGACCACCACCCUAUGGCUCUGCCAAAGGGGGGACCAUUGGUCCAUCACUCUACAGAGGCAAUACACCCAGCCCAUCACCGUACAGCCUCAACACCUCUGGUCCAUCACCCGGUGGAGGCCAUACACCCAGCCCAUCACCGUACAGCCUCAACACAUCUGGUCCAUCACCUGGUGGAGGCCAUGCAGCCAGCCCAUCAGCGUACAGCCUUAACACCAUUGGUCCAUCACCCUACAGAGGCCACACACCCAGCCCAUCACCAUACAGCCUCAACACCUCUGGUCCAUCACCUGGUGGAGGCCACACACCCAGUCCAUCACUGUAUGACCUUAACACCUCUGGUCCAUCACCUGGCGGAGGCCAUACACCCAGUCCAUCACUGUAUGACCUCAACACCUCUGGUCCAUCACCUGGUGGAGGCCAUACACCCAGCCCAUCACCGUACAGCCUCAACACCUCUGGUCCAUCACCUGGUGGAGGCCAUACACCCAGCCCAUCACUGUACAGCCUCAACACCUCUGGUCCAUCACCUGGUGGAGGCCAUACACCCAGCCCAUCACCGUACAGCCUCAACACCUCUGGUCCAUCACCUGGUGGAGGCCAUACACCCAGCCCAUCACUGUACAGCCUCAACACCUCUGGUCCAUCACCUGGCAGAGGCCAUGCAGCCCGCCCGCAAGAAAAUGCAUGGACACCAUGUCAGGAUUGUAAGGGGGAAUUUGAAAGAAUCCUACAGGAAAAGAGAAGGAUCGAUGAAGUCAUCUCGAGAAUAGAUCCAGGCCAGGUCAGAGAGCUUCAGACUCUCUGCGACUUAAUUGGAGAGAGGCAUUGUGGCAGCCCAGCUUCACCAUCAGGCCAGCAGGAGCUGUUUCCUGGGAGCGGCAUAUUCAUCUCAUCAUUCCGCCUGGCUGCCAUGAAUCACGCAUCAAAACCAAAUUGCAUGCGUCUGUUUCAUGCACUUUUUGAUCAUUUCUUCACUGUUGAGGAGUGUCAAAAUGCAGUGCCCUUUGGUCGUCCUGGCAACAACCCCUCAGGAAAGCAAGGAAAGCAGGUCCUUGACCGUAAAAAAGUUGACGGAAUCCUAACUUAUGUCCUGAGAUGUGCAACUCUACCGGACUGGGAACCAAUUGAGGAGGCCAAGCUCAAGAAAGCCUUUGUGAACAAAUGUAGGGCCAGAGCAGGCUCCAAGGAGUAGGCCACUGAUAUAGCCUGUCCUAUGUGGACCGCUAUCUCUCUCUCUCUCUACCCCUUCUUUUAUUUGUCUUAUUCAUUUUCAUGGUAAUAUGUUAAAGGAAUAGUCUAUACUUUUUCCGUAUUAAACUAUGUUAUUACCUUAACUAAGAAGAGUUGA